AUGGAUGAAUCGUCAACACAGAGUCACAGUGGAGAGGUUGUUGAACAGCAUGUGAACAUGGUGCUUACAAGCAAGCCGAUGUCCGAUGCUAAGAUGGAAGAGCUAAGACAAGCAACUAUGUCUGACAGUGAACUACGGAUGGCUAUACAGCUCACCAAGUAUGGAUGGCCUGAUUACCUUAGCGACAUGCCGGAACUCACCACACAGUAUUUCAAAGUUCGCACUGACCUGUCAACUGCCAACAAUCUUCUUAUGUACAGAAAUCGCAUUGUCAUUCCCAGAAGUAUGAGAGACUCAGUAAUGGAGUCCAUUCACAUUGGUCACCAAGGGGUUACCAAGUGCACUGAAAGAGCCAGAACUUGUGUGUGGUGGCCAGGUGUGGUAAAUGACAUUAAGGACAGAAUUGCGAGGUGUACAUUUUGCAUUUGCAACAGGCCGACUCAACAAAGAGAGCCACUCAUUACCACUCCAUUACCACAACUGCCAUGGAUGAAGAUUGCUGCUGACCUGUGCCACAUAAAUGGUCAGAACUUUCUAGUGGUAACAGACUACUUUUCACGCUUCAUCGAGAUUGCUCACUUGACAAACAUAUCAAGUCAGCAAGUCAUUGGAAAAAUGAAAGCCAUGUUCGCACGAUGGGGAAUUCCAGGAGAGGUACUGUCCGAUAAUGGCACGCAGUUCUUGUCUGAAGAAUUCAAGAAGUUUGCCCAACAGUACAACUUUCACCAUACAACAUCCAGUCCUCACUACCCGCAGGCUAAUGGUGCUGCGGAAAGCGCAGUAAAAAUUGCUAAGAGACUGUUAAUGCAAGACGAUCCAUAUCUUGCACUGUUGUCUUACAGAUCAACCCCGAUUGAAGCCACAGGUUCCAGCCCUGCAGAGAUGAUGAUUGGUAGAAAACUACGCACUACUUUGCCAAUCACAAGAGACAAUCUAGUUCCCCAGUGGUCAGAUUUGGACAGAGUUCAGUCCAAAGACGACAAGAUGAAGAAACGAUAUGAGCAACAGUACAACCGAAGACAUUCUACACGACCCUUACCUGGACUCACUCCAGGUACCACGGUUCGUGUGAAGCUAGACAGUGAAAAACAGUGGUCUACACAUAGGGUGUCGUCAAGUCUGGCGACCAGUCUCGCAGAAGUUACGAUGUGGAGACACCACAAGGCAUCUACCGCCGAAAUCGACGCCACAUCCAGAUCGACAAAUCAGGGGCCGAGAAACCGGUUCCAUCAGAUGACCCAACUCCCAGUCUUGUGUCACAGAACUGUGUUCCAGUUAAAAAUGACCAGACCAUGA